AUGACUUCCCAGCCCAGCUUCGACGAGUCUAUCAAGGGCGCUCUCCCUUCUGACUUUAUCUGGGGAUGGGCUACAGCUGCAGCACAAGUUGAAGGUGCAUGGAAUAAAGACGGCAAAGGAGAAUCAAUUUGGGACAAGUUCGCGCACACUCCUGGAAAAGUAAAGGAUGGAAGCACUGGAGACGAUGCCGUGCGGUCCUAUGACCUUUACAAGACAGAUGUAGAGUGGCUACGCAGGUACAGAGCUACAGGCUACAGAUUUUCCCUCGCCUGGUCAAGAAUCAUCCCACUUGGUGGAAAGGAUGACCCUAUAAAUGAAGCAGGAAUCGCUUAUUACAACCGUCUGAUUAAUGAGCUUCUCGCAAACAACAUCACGCCCUUUAUUACCCUCUUCCAUUGGGACAUUCCGCAGGCUCUGGAAGAUCGGUACGGAGGCAUGUUGAACAAAGACGCCUAUACACCCGACUUUAUUCGCUAUGCUCGCGUUUGCUUUGAGCGAUUCGGUGAUCGCGUCAAGAACUGGAUCACAUACAAUGAGCCUGGCGUCUAUUCACUUGCGGGAUAUGCUGCUGGAGUACACGCGCCCGCGCGAUCAAGCUUCCGCGACCGAAACGAAGAAGGAGAUAGUAGCACGGAGCCUUUCAUUGUCGGACACACAGAGCUCGUAUCGCAUGCUUACGUCGCGGAUUUGUAUAAGCGUGAAUUCAAGCCUACCCAGCAAGGCAAGGUUAUGAUCACAUUGCAUGGCAAUUGGUCUGAGCCGUGGGAUGUCGACGAUUUAAAGGACCAAGAAGCCGCAGAGCGUGCUCGAGAGUUUGAGAUUGCCUGGUUCGCCGACCCUCUAUACAAGACGGGAGACUAUCCUGCAUCGAUGCGUGCUCAGCUUGGGGAUCGUUUACCCCGUUUCACACCUGAAGAGAGUAAACUUGUCCUUGGAAGCUCAGAGUUCUAUGGCAUGAAUUCUUACUCAGCGUUCUAUGUGCGGCACCGCGACGAGCCAGCUGAUAUUAACGACCACAAGGGAAACAUUGAACAACUUGACGAGAACAAGCAAGGACAAUGGCGAGGACCCAUGAGCGACACAUAUUGGCUGCGAACAACACCUUGGGGCUGGGCCAAGUUGCUACGCUGGAUCUGGAAUCGGUACGGGGUACCUAUCUACAUUACUGAGAACGGCACCACAGCUCAAGGCGAGAACGCUUGGAAGCCUGAGGGUCCAGACGAUGUCCUCGAGGAUCCUUUCAGAUUUGACUUCUACAAGAGCUACCUUACUGAGGUAGCCAAGGCAUCGCAGGAGGGUGUUGUGAUCAAGUCGUACUUUGGAUGGACGUUUACGGACAACUGGGAAUGGGCUGCAGGGUUUUCGGAUCGGUUUGGAUCUAUCUGGAUUGAUUUUGAGAGCGAGGAGAAGACUAGAUAUGCCAAGAGGUCGGGAUAUUUUCUUGGUGAGUUCUUUAAUCACAUUAUCCGUAAAGAAUGA